AUGCGGUACGGACGUCGUUCUCGGGACAUCAUUCCUUCCGAAGACAGUGAGUCGGACAUAAUGGAGGUCAUCAACGACAACGUCAUUGUCGCCAGCAAGAAAGAUACGGAAGACAAUGCAGAUGACAUGGCCGAAACUGUCAAGUAUGCCCCCCCAGGGACGAUCUGCGAGGUACACAACCUCUACCAGUCCAAACGCGAUGACAAUGGUCGCACUUCGUGGACCAAGAAGAAGCCCGAUGAUCUCCCCAGCACAGGUGAGGACCCGGAGUCGGCUCAGUAUGCUCUCAUUGUCCGCCAUGUCAAGUGCUACGACGGUCGCAAACCUCUUCAAAUCCACUCCAUUGUUGUGCAGAGCGAGCGGCUGAAGAAAGUCCUCGGAGAAGUACUCGAUGGCUAUCCAGGCGUGACCAUGACCUUGGAACGAGUGGAAUUCCGCAGUCCUUUCAAGCCUUUCGUUCAUCGAUGGGAGCGAUUUGCGAGUGCGCGUGACCAGGAGCUAGACUCGAGGAGCUACGGGAUACGAUUGCCCGUAAAAAUGAUCCUUGUGCUCAACGGUGUCGUCACCCACGAUCUGCUCUGGACCAUCUUCGAGCCCGAGGAUGAGAUCUUCAGUAUGGUUGGCGGUCGCCCCCGAGCCUUUCGGUUCAAGUCAGGAGAGACAAAUUGUCGGACCGGCGCAUUUGAUCUUGAAGCCCAAUACAUUGAUUUCGACGGUGAGGACUUCGGUUUCCGCGACAAGGACUUCGAAGUGGUACCGUUUGGUGGCACCAUGCCCAUCACGGCUCUUCCGGUGUUUCCCCUAAGACAUCAUAGUGACCAGAUAUCCAUUCGUGACGCCUUGAUCGCUCGUGGAGCAGUCUGGGAGACUUACAAGGGGUAUCAUUUCAAGUAUUACGAAGGCCUGGCUGUUGGUCGGUACAUGAGAAGGGAAUUCAAGUUCAACAUCAAAAGCCGCAUCAUCAUCGACGCGGAGGCAUUCAACACCUUCAACCCAGACGAGUCUGUCUCAGUGUACCCUACUUGUGGAAAGGAACUUACUGAUGACGAGCGACUGCUGGCCGCUCCCACUUUGCGUGGAUAUUCGCUCAAAGAGAAACGGUGGCUGGAGUUCAAUCUUGACAGUGUCAAGGAGAUCGUGUGGGAUGCACAAGCCUUCGAUUCCCUGGUACUGCCGCAGGAUCAACAGGAUCUCAAGACACUGAUUCUGGCCUUUGCCAACGCGCAGUCCAAACAAGCGGAUUCGUUUGACGACGUGGUCCAGGGCAAAGGGCGCGGAAUCAUCAUGCAACUGAGCGGGCCGCCGGGUGUCGGUAAGACACUCACUGCGGAGAGCGUUGCCGAAGUGAUGAAGGUACCGCUGUAUGUGAUGAGCGCGGGAGAUCUAGGGACUUCGGCCUCGAGGGUAGAGGAGGCGUUGAAGGAUAUCCUUCGGAUGGUUCCCAAGUGGGGAGCAGUGCUUCUGCUCGAUGAAGCGGAUGUGUUCAUGGAAGCCCGCAACUCAACGGACUUGUGGAGAAAUGAGCUGGUGUCGAUCUUUCUACGCAUGCUGGAGUAUUACGAGGGCAUCCUCUUCCUCACUACCAACCGCGCUGGGAACAUUGAUCCAGCUUUUGAAUCUCGAAUCCACGUCUCCAUCGUCUACCCAGAUUUGGACAUGACUUCCCGUCGCCAUAUCUGGCAGCAGUUCCUGACUCGCACUGCAGGGACUGAACAAUUCUCCGACGAACAGCUGGAGACCUUGGCCGGGGUGUCGUUGAAUGGCAGACAGAUCAAGAAUGUGCUCAAGACAGCCCAUUUGCUGGCAUGGUCGCAGGAGAAGCCGCUUGCUUACGAGCAUUUACAAACAGUACUCAAGCUCAGGGAGGCUACGUUGCCUACUGCAAAUGGGGUUUGA